UAUUUAAGCUCUACAACAAGAGAAAUUCUUAAAAUUAAACUAAAUCUUCAAUACACUCCAAAUCUUUAAAAGAGAUUUUUAAUAAACUAAAAAUAAACUUUAUAAGAUGUUGAAAAUCUCAUAAAAAUUGACAAUCCGAAAGUUAACUAAGUCAAAUUCGAAUUGAACGGCUAAGAGUUAUAGCAAAAAGAUUAAAACAUAUUUAUAGACUUAGCAAUUAAAAGCAGCUUAAAAUUAUAUUUGGAUAACAUUCCUAUUGCAUAUGAUUUCGGGAAAUAUGGAGAAAACGUCAAUUAUUAUCACAAUUCUAUGUUUGAUGGCGAAUUUGCUUAGUAUGAAAUACCUUACUAAGAUGCUUAAAUAAUAUGUUUAUUUACAAAAUAAUUCAAGUAAUUAUUAGAGAAGUAAUAUGCCAAUAAAUAAGUGUUUUCAACGCAAGAUUUAGAUAAUUGCUUAUAAUAAACAAUAAAUGUUUUCGCUGAAAGAAAUAAUAGCUAAAACAUUGAAGAAUUACAAAAAAUAUGUGAAGAACUAAAAGAAGAAUACAAAAACGAAAUAGAAAAAAAGGAAUAAGCUGAAAAUUUAGCUAAAAGAAAAAGCAUAAAUAUUAUAAAAUGGGCUUUAGGGUAUUAAAUUAUUUAAUUUGGGGUACUUUACUAUAUAACUUAUUAUCUUUAUGGAUGGGAUUUUACUGAACCUGUUACUUAUUUGUUGGGUUUGGGAAGCGAAGCUGCUGUUUUGUAUUAUUUUGUUUAAAAGAAAAAGAAUUUGAAUUUCUUUACUUUUUAUGAUAAUUAUUACUAGAAAAAUAAAAAUAAAGAGUUUUAGAAACACAGUACUAAUUUAGAAACUCAUAUUAAGCUUUUGGAAAAUAAAAU